AGUUUGUUGAAAAAAAAAAAAAAAAGCCAUAUUUGUCACUUCGGGAAGUAGAUCCCAACAAAGGGCUGAACUCGCCGCCAAGUUCCCGACUUUUCUCACAAAAGCAGUCGGCUUUCUCUGUUGGGCUGACGAGAAAGUGAAAGAAACUCUGAUUUCCUUCAUUAUCUUGCUCCGAAGACAAUUCAGGAAAAGAAAAAAAAAAAAAAAAAAACGAUAUUUUCUUCUUCUUAUGUUCCUUCGCCACUAGAAAUUUGAGAGCAUACUUUUUUUAUGAUGGUGGAAGCUCCUGAAAAAUCGGAAGAAAGUGUCUCAAAUGAUUCUGUAAGAGUGCCAGGAACUGUGAAUUGGGGCACAGCAACUGUGAUUGGAGUAUUUGCAGGCAUGUUGUAUGGAGGUAGCAAGGAGGCAUCUGCUUCAGUUAGCAAGGAUGCUGAAGUAAUGUUGAAGCUUGGGAGCACACCGGACAAGCGUGAGCAAUACCGUUUAAUGAGAGAUGCGAUGGAGAAAAGAUUUAUUCGAGUCACUAAGGGCUCAAUAGUUGGUGGAGUACGCCUUGGAAUGUUCACCGCUGCAUUUUGUGGUUUACAAAAUCUGCUUGCUGAGAAACGGGGUGUUCAUGAUGUCUUCAAUGUUGUUGGGGCUGGUUCAGCCACUGCUGCUACGUUUGGUUUAUUAUUACCAGGAUCACUCCAAUGGCGUGCGAGGAAUGUUAUGAUGGGUUCACUCCUUGGUGCAGCUGUUUGCUUCCCGCUUGGGUGGGCUCAUCUGAAGCUUGUAGAGAGAGCAAAUGAAGGAAAUCCUUCAGCAUCUACUAACUUAGAAGAUGAAAGGGAUGAGAGAAAAAGUGGUGUUGGUGCUGCAAUUGAGAGGCUUGAAGAAAAUUUUAAUAAGAGAAGCACAUAAACAAAGAAAUUUUGUUUUGUUUUUGUUUUUGCUUUCCAUUUUUAAUUUUAUUUUAUUUUUUUCUCUGAGAUAUCAACAAAGAUCUUCAGUGUGGUAUUGAAUUUUGCGAAUGACAACAUGUUGUACAUUAGGUGUAGCGGGUUUUUCGAGUAGAGAAAAUAAAAAUAUUGACCACCUAAAUUUUGAGAGAAAUUUGUGGUGCAUAAUGUGUACCAACAUGGAAUGUGAGUUGGUACACAUUGGCCAAUCUCAUUCUAAAAUUUGUAUCAUCAAUAAGAAAGUAGAUUUAAAAAGGUCUUUAUCGUGUUCGAUUA